UUUCUCUCUUCCGUUUGCUUAUGUCGCCCUUCUCCCUGGCCUCAUCCUCUAUACACCACUGCACAAGGCCGCCAUUAUAACCGUCUUUGUUUUUGUUUCGGCUGGUUUCAGUUUGUGCGACACAACUUCCUAACGCGUCGAGCGUGGCCUCUCUGCCCCUCGAUCCUCAGACUAUUACUUUCGGAAACGUGUAUAACUUAGUGGCAUAGGGCAAGCAAGUUAUCUAGUAUGAUUAGGGCGUUCUUGUCACAAGCCAGCUCGCGUGUGCUGGACGUUCGCCUUGAAACGGGUGGCACGGCCGUUUCACUCCCGGUGGAGGAGCAGGAAAUCUCUCUCAACGUGGAAGCGCUAUACGCUCUAUUACCCGCAGCCCCGCAGCUGCAUUGGAGGUCUGUCGCUGGAUUGUGCGGGAGCACGGUGGCACCGGUGUAUAGGUCGCUGCAGAGGAGACUGCUGGAUGAUGUGGAGCAGGUAGCUACAAUGCUAGUGGAUUUGGGACUACAAAACGAGGCGGACGAGGAUUUCGAGUCAAUACCACAGCCUCUUGAGGAUAUUAUUCUGGAACCAGAUACCCUCAUUGAGUCUUUGCCUGGUCAUGACCGAGAAAGGUCCCCUUCGCGGCGAAAAUCAAAAUCACCUGAACGUCAGGGCCCUUUGCGCAUUGAAAACGAUGACCCAUCAAUACCCACAAUAGUCAUCACACCCUGCGAGGCCGAGGAGCGCGAAUCAUCGUGUUGGGUCCCGGUUCAGGACGCAUGCUUUGGAAACCAACUCGUUGUGCCGUCGCACCCGGUGGUGAACGAUGUAUAUCCACCUCUGCUCGCGAAGCCUAUGAUGUGCGGCCGCAAGUGGGAAUAUACGGAGGGACAUUGGCGGGCUGUGCUGCCGUCUCUGGAGGAGCAGGUCCGGAGGGGAUUGUUUUCACGCGUGUUGAGCGCAAAGAGGCGGGCGAGACAUUGUCGGUGAUGAGUUUCGGGUAUAACAUUGCUAUUGUCUAUCCUACUCUCUCUCUUCGCCACACUUGGUUCUAUGUCGAAACUUGAAAGCG